UGAAAGCGUUUAGAAGGUCACCAACCUCAGCUUCGGGAAAGGGAGGAAAAGGAAAGCAUGAAGAACAUUCUUGGGGAAGGAGAAUAGAACAACUGGAUUUGGCCAAUUGCAAAAACUAGGAAUUUUGCUCCUAGCUCCGAUGAAAUUGUGCGCUUGUAACCUUGAUUCUACAAGCUGCUCAUUUCAGUUUGAUCAAGCUGCUGACUUGUCUGGCUGCUGCAGUUAUCACUAUUAUGGAAAUUCCAGUUACCGAUCUGUUCCUGUGAAGAUAGAAGGGCCAGUCCAAGCAGAUGAAAAUAGAUCUCCCACAUCAAAACAAAGGCAGAAGAUGGGGAAUUCUUACGCUGGCCAGCUGAAGACCACCCGUUUUGAAGAAGUGUUACACAACUCCAUUGAAGCCUCCCUGCGGUCCAACAGUUUGGUUCCCCGACCGGUUUUUUCUCAGUUAUACCUGGAAGCUGAACAGCAGCUUUCUUCCCUGGAAGCAGGUAGCAGGGCAGACAAUGAGGAAGAGGAAGAUGAUGAUGAGGGAUCAGACUCAAACAGCCCUCCUAAUUCUUAUCAGAUGAAUCCACCUCCUGAAGGCUGCUGUACGACAGAUGGCUUUUGUCAAGCUGGAAAAGACUUACGACUGGUAUCGAUUUCCAAUGAGCAAAUUGAAGUUCCCUCAGGCUUUCUCCUGGUCGGGGCCAAGUCACCGAAUCUGCCAGAUCAUCUUCUAGUAUGUGCAGUAGAUAAAAGGUUCUUGCCAGAUGAUAAUGGACGGAAUGCACUACUAGGUUUUUCUGGCAACUGCAUUGGCUGUGGAAAGAAAGGAUUUUGUUACUUCACUGAGUUUUCCAAUCACAUAAAUCUAAAGUUGACCACCCAGCCCAAGAAACAGAAACAUUUAAAGUAUUAUCUGGUUAGGAAUGCACAUGGAGUUCUCAUGAAAGGCCCCUUAAUCUGCUGGAAAGGAUCAGAGUUCCGAAGUCGACAGUCCUCUUCUGGCCCCUGUUCCAGCUCCCUGUUCCAAGUUCCGGAGAGUUCAGGGUCUAUGGCUGCCAUCACAAAUGAGCCUAUUCAAGGACCUCAUCCACAUGUUCUCCUUGGAGCUCAACACUCAGGGUCUACAUCUGAUCAUCUCCAGGCAACAGCAACAAUGAAUCCUGCUGUUUUUAAUGGGAUAGAUCUCCCUAAACAUCAACAGUUUGUGAAAACCAAUUUGUCAGUCCCAGCAAAACUCUCCGUUUUAGGCACUUUAUCGAACUCGGGCCCUCCAAAAAAACGCCAUAAAGGAUGGUCUCCAGAGUCACCAUCGACCAUGGACACCUGCUACUCACAAAGCGCUAUGAGAAAUAAAAACGAAAGCAUAGGGCUGACGUGUUUGCCCCCGUCUGGUUUGGUGGGUCCAGUCUCUUCUCCUGCUGUGGCUUCAGGAGAGCCGGUGUCUGUUCCUGAUAACCUGCUGAAAAUAUGCAAGGCCAAGCCAGUUAUAUUUAAAGGUCACGGAAACUUCCCUUACCUUUGUGGUAACCUUAAUGAUGUUGUAGUAAGCCCUCUUUUGUACACUUGCUACAGAAAUUCCCAGUCCAUAUCCCGACCCUAUGAGCAAUAUGGUGCCUCGACAAUACAGCCUAUUUCCGAGGAGAUGCAGCUCUUACUAACAGUCUACUAUCUAGUCCAACUUGCUUCCGAUCAGGUUCCACUGAUUGAAGACCUAGAGCAGAUAUUUAUGCGCUCCUGGCGGGAGUCACACCUCCCAGAGAUCCGGCAGUAUCAGCAGGCGGCGCCCCAAGCAUUCCCCCCAGUCCCUGGCCACCUCGCCCCUGUGACAUCCGCUCAGCUCCCAUGGCUUGCGGGCUUGGCUGCCAGUUCGUGCAACGACAGCGUCCACAUCAUCGAGUGCAGCUACUCUCUGGCGGAGGGGCUGGCUGAGCUGUUCAGGUUGCUCAGCGAAGGGAAACUGGUGAAGACCAACUACGUUGUGAUCAUCUGUGCUUGCAGAAACCGAUCGAUAGAGUCCUGCAUUGUGGUAACAGGAAAAUAUCAGGCCCGGAUUCUCUCUGAAAGGCUGCUCACCCCUGCUGACUAUCAGAAAGAAGUUAACUAUGAACUUGUGACCGGGAAAGUGGAGUCACUAGGAUCCUUUUUUAGCACCCUCUGUCCAGAAGGGGACAUUGAUGUUUUGCUGGACAAAUUUUAUCAAGAAAAUCAAGGCCAUAUUUCCUCAUCUCUCACUGUGUCAGUCAAUAAAGCAACAGCUUUGGAUGUCAGUGGGGCAGCUGUAUGCACAAGUUAUAAUCUUGAGCGCCAUCGAAUACGUCCAUUCCAAUUGGCCGUGGCUCAGAAACUGCUUUCUCAUGUCUGUUCAAUUGCUGACUCCAGCACUCAAAACCUUGACUUGGGGUCCUUUGAGAAAGUUGAUUUUCUCAUCUGUGUGCCUCCAUCUGAAGUGACGUUUCAACAGACCUUGUUUCAUCUCUGGCAUUCAGGGGUCUUACUGGAGCUCGGCUUGGAGAAGGAACAUGUUACCAAGCAGCGAGUGGAACAGUAUGUGGUGAAGCUGGAUGCUGAAGCCCCAACCAAAUUUAAAGCUUUUUUGCAAAACUCCCUUCAGAACCCCCAUACUCUUUUUGUUUUAAUCCAUGAUCAUGCCCAUUGGGAUCUUGUGAGUGCUGUCCACCAUCUCUAUCCUCAAAACGAACCAGCUAUAGGACUUGUGGAUCGAUUGCUGAACUGCCGCGAAGUGAAGGAGGCCCCCAACAUUGUGACCCUUCAUGUAACUUCCUUCCCAUAUGCUCUGCAGACUCAGCACACCCUCAUAAGUCCUUACAAUGAGAUCCACUGGCCAGCUUCCUAUACUAAUGGAUUGGACUUAUAUCAUGAGAACAAAAAAUACUUUGGACUCUCAGAAUUUGUUGACUCCACUCUUUCUGGACACAGCCUCCCAUUGCUUCGAUAUGAUAGUUCCUUUGAGGCCAUGGUCAUGGCACUAGGAAAAAGGUUUCCCAGGCUGCAUAGUGCCGUGAUCAGGACCUUCGUCCUGGUGCAGCACUACUCUGCCGCCAUGAUGGCAGUCAGCGGCUUGACCCAGAUGAAGAACUACACCUCUGUGGAGACCCUGGAGAUCACCCAGAAUCUCAUCAACUCAUCCAAGCAAUGUUCCUGUGGCCACGGCCUCAUGGUGGUGCUCCGGAUCCCUUGCGUUCCCCUCGCGGCUGUGGCCUACGAGCGUCUCUAUCACGUGAGAGAGAGGCUGGCUCUCGAAGACCAUUUUGAAAUCAUCUUGGGCAAUCCCAAUUCAGGAAUAACCAUAGGGAAGCAUUUUAUAGAACAGCUCAAGGUGUGGCAGAAAAUUGAAGACGGAGAGUGGAGACCACAGACUUACUUGGAGUUAGAAGGUCUUCCCUGCAUAUUAAUAUUAAGCGGAAUGGACCCGCAUGGGGAAUCUUUGCCAAGGUCUUUAAGAUACUGUGACCUUCGUUUAAUAAAUUCCUCCUGCUUGGUAAGGACGGCUUUAGAGCAAGAGCUUGGACUGGCAGCUUAUUUUGUUAGUUCAGAAAUACCCACGGACAAGGUGGCGGCAAGCGAGGUCUUGGAGAGUGACGCGGAUAAGUUGAGCAGCACUGACAAUGAAGAUGAGGAGAUUGUGACUGAAGGUUCCCUUUCAGAGAAAAGAAGUCCUGUGAAAAGGGAAAGAUCCUCUUCACAUGAUUCUGCAUCUUCAUCUCUUUCCUCCAAGGCCUCAAGCACAGCCUUUUGCACUGAGUCAUCUCCACCUGGAGUCACCUUGGGAGACAGAGCAAAAUCACCACGCCUGAGUAGCACUACGGAGGAGAACACAAUGAAGUGUGAAAAACCAAGACUCAAAGUAGAUCAGGCAGCCCAGACUACCAUCACCCGGCACUAUUCAGGAGCAAGCGAACAGGAGCCUGGCUCAAAUCUGAAACCUAACCAGAAAAACGCCCAAGUCUCCGUGACUUCAUCCUCAUCACCGUUUUCUUCCUCGUCUUGCUCUUCGGCACCGACUCCCAAUUCCUUCAUCCUGCAGACGCCUCAGUGCUCCUUGACAAAGGCCUCGAAGCAGCCCCCCAUUGUUUUCCUGCCCAAGUUGGUGUAUGACAUGGUCACCUCAACAGACAGCAGUGGGCUUCCCAAGUCCUCUUCUCUCUUGCCCUACCAUUCUGUCAUGUGGGCCAGUUCUUUUCGCCCUCUUCUCAGUAAGAUGAUGACCUGCACUGAGCAGUCUCUCUAUUACCGCCAGUGGACGGUGCCCAAACCCAUUCAUAUGGACUACAAUAACAGGAAUGAAGGCAGAAUGGAUAACUUCCACCCCAGGCGUCUGUUGUUGAGUGGCCCACCACAGAUUGGAAAGACUGGUGCCUAUCUUCAGUUCCUCAGUAUCUUAUCUCGGAUGCUCAUCAGGCUGACAGAAGUGGAUGUUUACGAUGAAGAAGAGAUAAAUACCAUUUUCAGAGAAGAAUCAGAUCAACAGUAUCAUUCACAUUCAGUAGUCUGGCCUGAUUUGGAGGUAUUUAAGAAGAUGCCUUUUGAUUACACCAUCCACGAUCCAAAGUAUGAAGAUGCGAGUCUGAUUUGUUCUCGACCCCAGAAUGUGAAGAGUGAGGAUCAGUCAAUGGCCAGAAAACAAGAGGAUUUGUACGUGCGGCGCCAAACAACCCGAAUGAGAUUAUCUAAAUAUGCGGCUUAUAAUACAUACCACCACUGUGAACAGUGUCACCAGUACAUGGGCUUUAACCCACGGUACCAGCUCUUUGAAUCUUCCCUGCAUGCCUUUGCCUUUUCUUACUCCAUGCUAGGAGAGGAAAUCCAGCUUCAUUUUAUCAUACCUAAAUCAAAAGAGCACCAUUUUGUCUUCAGUCACCCAGGAGGCCAACUGGAGAGUAUGAGACUUCCCCUCGUCACAGAUAAGAGUCAAGAAUAUAUAAAAAGUCCUACGUUCACUCCAACAACUGGUCGCCAUGAACAUGGACUUUUCAACCUAUAUCAUGCAAUGGAUGGUGCUAGUCAUUUACAUGUUUUAGUGGUCAAAGAGUAUGAAAUGGCAAUCUAUAAGAAGUAUUGGCCAAAUCACAUCAUGCUGGUUCUCCCAAGCAUCUUCAACAGUGCUGGCGUUGGUGCCGCACAUUUCCUAAUAAAGGAGCUCUCCUAUCACAAUCUGGAAUUGGAACGCAACAGGCAGGAGGAGCUGGGUAUUAAACCCCAGGAUAUCUGGCCUUUCAUUGUCAUUUCAGAUGACUCUUGUGUCAUGUGGAAUACUAUUGACGUUGAUUGUGCAGGAGAAAGAAGCAGGGAUUAUUUAUGGUCAGAAAAAAACGUUUCCUUAAAGCACAUUCUGCAGCACAUUGAAGCAACUCCCAACAUUACUCACUAUGCUGUUAUUGGGAUGAGGAAGUGGUCAAGUAAAAUGAGCAGUGGUGAGAUCCGGGAGCCAUUCUCUCGCUGUCACAUCCAUGAUUUUCUCAUCCUGAAUGUAGAUCUGACACAGAACGUUCAAUAUAACCAGAACAGAUUUAUGUGCGAUGAUGUUGACUUCAACCUACGAGCCCACAGUGCCGGCCUGCUGCUCUGUCGAUUCAAUCGCUUCAGUGUGAUGAAGAAGCAAAUUGCAGUGGGAGGACACAGGUCUUUUCACAUUAAAUCCAAGGUGUCUGAUAAUCCAGUGUCCAUUGCCCCUGUUCAGUAUAUCUGUGCUCCUGACAGUAAAAACACUUUCCUCGCAGCUCCUGCUCAACUCCUGCUGGAAAAAUUCCUCCAGUAUCACAGCCAUCGCUUCUUCCCUCUUUCCCUGAAGAAUUACAACCACCCUGUGUUGUCUGUGGACUGUUAUCUUAAUUUAGGACCUCAGAUUGCUGUGUGUUACGUCAGUUCUCGUCCUCAUUCUUUAAAUAUCAGCUGCACUGAUUUGAUAUUCAGUGGACUCUUGUUGUAUCUCUGUGAUUCAUUCGUGGUGGCUAGUUUUCUGAAAAAGUUUCAUUUUCUAAAAGGAGCCACCUUAUGUGUGAUCUGUCAGGAUCGCAACUCUCUCCGCCAGACUGUUGUUCGCCUGGAGCUGGAAGACGAGUGGCAGUUCCGGUUGAGGGAUGAAUUCCAAACAGCUAAUGCCAAAGAAGACAGGCCACUUUUCUUUCUCACCGGACGCCACAUUUGAGAAGAACUGCUUCGCUUCCUUCAAGAGCAGUGGCUUCAGAAUGCUAAUACAGUCGUCGUAGUUGCAAGAGCCUUUGACAACAGGAUCAUCUAGGAAGUCUCUUUUUAUGGGGACUAUCCAUCAGGUUAUCUUUAUACUUCCAUGGUUAAAACCUGCAGUUUCAUUAGCCUUUAAAGACUCACUCUCCAGGAACACCAUCGUAAUUUUAGAAUUUCACAAGAUGAGAACAUUUAUAGAGAAGGAGAGCGGCUAGCAAUGAGACGUGCAUUUCUUCGAUCAAAAUUGUCCCAUGGGGAAAUGGAAGCUUUAGAAGCAGUGUUUAAAAUACUAAUGGCCAGAGUUAGAAACUACCAAUUUAAAAAUAAAUAACCAUUUUGAAGUUUUCCUGGACUAGAAGAUAAUGUUACGUAAAAGCAAAUAUUUUCGUAUUAAAUAUGAUGCUCUUACAGUUCAUUGUGGGUUAUGAGCAGCUGUAAUUGAAGAGACUCUUCUUAAAAGGGAAAUACUGACUGAAUAAUAAUAAUAGUGGUGGUAUUUGUUAAGCGCUAACUAUGUGCAAAGCACUGUUCCCCAUUUUACAG